AUGAAGAGGAUCCAAUAUGAACAGGAGGCCUUGAAAUCCAUCAUGAAGGACCUGGUGGCUCUCCAGAUGAGCAGGCGUCACAGGCUGCCUGGCUAUGAGACCAUGAAGAAUAAAGACACUGCUCACACCAACAAACAGAAAAAACACAAUGCCAGCAGUCCCCCCCUCCUGGGCAGCCCUGCAAUAACAAACCAGUGUGCCUCUGCAGUGGAAGAAAAAAAAAUUCCGAAUGAUGUCAGGAUAAAGUUUGAACACAACGGGGAGCGACGGAUCAUCCCCUUUGUCCGGCCCGUGCGUUACGAAGACGUGCAGCAGAAAGUGAAAACAGCCUUUGGGCAGCCCCUGGACCUGCACUACAUGAACAACGAGCUCUCUAUCCCUCUGAAAAACCAAGAUGACCUGGAUAAAGCUGUAGAUCUCUUAGACCGAAGCUCUAAUGUGAAAAGCCUUAGAAUAUUAUUGCUGUCCCAGGACAGAAACCAUACCAGUUCUUCACCCCAUUCUGGACUGCCCAAACAAGUCAGGAUUAAAACUUCCCAGUCUGUGGGGGAUGUGAGCACACCCUACCAGCAGCCAGAACCCAGAAGUAGGCAUCUGUCUGUCAGCUCCCAGAACACAGGGAGGAGUUCCCCCCCUCCGGGGUACGUUCCGGAGAGGCAGCAGCGCAUCGCCCGCCAGGGAUCCUACACCAGCAUCAACAGCGAGGGGGAAUUCAUCCCAGAGACCAAUGAACAGUGUAUGCUGGACCCUCUAAGCAGUGCUGAAAACUCGGUGUCAGGAAGCUGCCAGUCCUUGGACAGGUCAGCAGACAGUCCUUCUUUUCGGAAGUCACGGAUGUCAAGGGCACAAAGCUUCCCUGAUAAUAGACAGGAGUUCUCAGACCGGGAGAAUCAGAUCUACGACAAAGCAGGGAAAGGUGGGACGUACCCUCGGCGCUACAACGUCUCCAUGCAGCACAAGGACUACAACGAUGGCCGGAGGACGUUUCCCAGGAUACGGCGUCACCAAGGGAAUCUUUUCACCUUGGUCCCUUCCAGCCGUUCCCUGAGCACCAACGGGGAGAACCUGGGCCUGGCCCUGCAGUACCUGGACCCGCGGGGCCGCCUGCGCAGCGCCGACAGCGAGAACGCCCUGGGCGUGCAGGAGAGGAACAUCCCCACCAAAUCUCCAAGUGCUCCAAUAAACUGGCGACGAGGGAAACUGCUGGGCCAGGGCGCCUUCGGCCGCGUGUACUUGUGCUACGACGUGGACACGGGCAGGGAACUUGCAGCCAAACAGGUCCAGUUUGAUCCAGAGAGCCCUGAAACCAGCAAGGAAGUGAGUGCCCUGGAGUGUGAAAUUCAGCUGCUGAAGAACCUCCAGCACGAGCGUAUUGUCCAAUAUUACGGCUGCUUACGGGAUCGGGCAGAGAAGACCUUGACCAUCUUCAUGGAGUACAUGCCAGGGGGGUCGGUGAAGGACCAGCUGAAGGCGUACGGGGCCCUCACGGAAAACGUCACCCGGAAAUACACUCGGCAGAUCCUCGAGGGAGUCUCGUACCUUCACAGCAACAUGAUUGUGCACAGGGACAUAAAGGGAGCCAAUAUUCUCCGUGACUCUGCUGGGAACGUGAAGCUCGGGGACUUUGGGGCCAGCAAACGGCUGCAGACAAUCUGUAUGUCUGGGACCGGCAUCCGCUCCGUCACGGGCACUCCGUACUGGAUGAGCCCCGAGGUGAUCAGCGGGGAAGGCUACGGGAGGAAAGCGGACGUUUGGAGCCUGGGCUGCACCGUGGUGGAAAUGCUGACAGAGAAGCCCCCCUGGGCAGAGUACGAAGCCAUGGCCGCGAUCUUCAAAAUCGCCACCCAGCCAACCAACCCCCAGCUCCCCUCCCACAUAUCAGAACAUUGCCGGGACUUCCUAAAGCAGAUCUUUGUGGAAGCCAGGCACAGACCCUCUGCUGAAGAGCUGCUCAGACACCAGUUUGCACAGCUCCAGUACUGAAUUACCUCCCUUGCUCGCAGCUCCUGCUGGGCUUUCCGUGCCCCGUCUGGUCUCGUUGCAACUGCCCGUUGUGGUGCUGCAUCUUCAAAAUGCCAACUCAGCUGGCCUAGUCCUUUGGGGGAGUUAUGCCAAGGAACUUGGGGUCUGCUCUCGUGCCUGAUUCCUUAGUUUGCUGGACUGAUGUUCAUCCUGCCAAAUGGCUGGAUUUUUGCCCUGAGAUACCUGGAUGUGCCCUUGCAGCUGGCUGCAUGUUUUCUGCAGGCCCGGGAAUGGGAAUCCAACAAGUUGGAUCCACUGGUUGAACGUGAAGAAAUCUGAAGCCAGGUGGGAACUGGGAGAGCUCCACUCUUCAGAACAGAAACAUGCAACAGCCUCCAGACCAGCUCUGUCUGUGUGGGUGCCUGGUUUCCACCAGGGGCUCCAGAGGCAUCUCCAGUCCCUGAAUCCAGCCCAAAGAAGCCAUGUGUCAUGGAGCAUGCGCUCGCUAUAGUAUGAUAUAUUUUUCUUCUUAAGUAUUCAGCAUCUGAAGGUGUUCAGAAAAUAUUGAUUCAAAAGUAUGUGAAUAGUGUUAUUUUAUAAUGAGCCCAUGGAUUUUGGGGUGGGGGUGAGGGAGGUCUUUCUAGCCAAAUGUCAGGAUAAUCAGAAGAGUUUCAGCAGAAUGCAGUCGCUCCAGGGCCUGAGGGAAGGACUCUCCCACUGACGUUGAAAAAUCCAGAGCUUGAUUUCCAAGGUUUGAUCUGCCCCAGCAUUAAGGCAGUGUCACUUUGUGUCCUCAUAGCCAACAAAUCCGUGCUCCUGCUUCCCUCUCUGGGGCUGCUGGGUCCAAACAAAACCCCUCUGGGAGGGAGUUCUGCAGAACAACUUCCUGCUGCAUCCUGCUGCAUUUUUGGCUGGUAACGUUUUGCCAUCCUUUAAACCAAAGAUAGUCCAUCUGGUGCCCAGGAAUUUCCUUCAGCAUUUCUUUGAGCACCUGGCUUAUGGAAAAUCAAGUUUUUCAUGGGUAAAAUUAUCUGGACACUCGUUUUCCUUGGGCACAGGAAGUUGGAAUCGAACUCAGCCCUUCAGUGUGGUUUGUUUUAUAGGUAAGCAAGUGGUUAUUUAAGACUUCCAUAAAAUGCCCAAUUUAAAUAAGCUUUUUAGGACUUAAGUCAAACAAGGAACCAGAGAGAACAUUUGAAAUGGUAGCAAAUAUCUAAAAUUACCUGGAGAUCCCCACACAGGUGCCAGCAAAACAUAUCCAAGUGAUUUUGCUUUUGAAAGGUACCACAAGUCUGAGAACUUGAGUUCCUGGUGGCCUCAGACCCUCUGUGUUGGUUUAGGCACUAAUAAUCUGUGUUUCACUCAUAAAAGACCAUCAGUUUUUAAGUGCUGAGGAUUCAUGGAGUAAUUAUAAGUUAUCUCUGAGAAAUGAAACUAAGAAAAGCAAAUGUUAAUUAGCUAAAAUGUUACUCUAUAAGGCAACACUAAAGGUGUUCUGCUCUUGUAUUGGAAACCAUAUUAAGGCUCCACACACCUCCACUCUUCUCCCCCAUAAAAACUUGAAAAUUGCUUCAUAAUGCAGUAAAAUUAAAUUUUUAAGUGAAUGCUGAUGGCAGGAUAAGACAACUUUUAAUGAAACCAGGCUCCUUGAACACACGAUAAAUACCGUGUUAAAUUUAAAAAAAAGGGAAAAAAGAACCCUAAAACCCCCAACCAACCAAAAGUCCUGAAAGGAUUUAACAAUCUGAGGUGUUUUUCCUGUGCCAAACCCAGAGUGAUGUACGACCAGUGAGAGCUGGUUUCCCCCCGCACUGCGGCAAGGAUGCACUGUUCUGCUUGCAGGCACUUAGGAGAUACCUUUCCUGAAAGCCCUGGGUCCAUAACUUAUUUACUUCUAGUGAGAGCACUUCUAUUGAUCUUUUCCCAGCCUGCAACCUGACUCCAGGUUGCCAAGGCCCUUGGCCUGAGUCCUGGCCUGCACUUCACUGUUGCACUGAGGGGAAGCGAGGGCGUGACGCUGCUGCUCGGGUUGGGGAGCCUUUCACAGCACUUUGCUGGGGAAUGUGAGAUCACCCCUGGAGUCUGGGUGACAGGAUUAGGGGGAUCAGCACUCCUGAGGGGCCCAGCAUCACUCUCAGGCCUUGCAGCCAGCACCUAAACAUACCAAAGAUUGGGAUCUUUACUCACCACCCUUCACCCUGCAGCCAUGGGGAGCACGGUGACGUCUGUGGGGGUUUCUCUCUCUCCUUGGCUUGUCCUCACCAAAUUGAGACCUUCUCCCGUGAUUUUUCCUUGUUAUCCCACACGCUGCGUUCUGGGAGAGAACAGGGCAUGAGGAAAUGGUGUCACUUUUUAACGUUUCAAAGCAACUCAAUCCUCAGGACCCGUUGUGGCUUUUACCUCAUCCGCGUCACGGGAGGCUGUUCCAGAGCAGAGCAAAGAGCCCCAGGGACUGAUGGGCUCAAUCCUGGCCCUUCCCUAUGCUGAGAUGUGCCUACUCUGUGUAUCCACCUGUAUUCCAGCCUGUAGUAAUGGAAUUAAAUAGCUGUACAGUGACAGAGAACAUGGGGUGCCAGCUUGGACUUGUGUGUUGCAGCCCCCGGCCCAGCGCCGCCCGUUCGGCACAGGAACAAGCCAAAGCAUUACCUGUCUGUUUGGAGAUGCACUUUUAUGAAUGUAGUUUAUAUCGCUCUUUUUUAGCUCUUUUUACAUCAUGUAAACAGUGAUGCCUCAUACUUUUUUUUUUUUAUUUAUAUCGUAAAAGAUCAUAUUUGAUGAUUUUUAUAUAUAUCGACUGUUAACGGGGGGGGAGGGGGCGGGAGGAGGAGGGGAAAUAAAUUUGACGCCUUUAUGAAUUUAAAAAGGAAAAAAAAGCAGCUGGUUUUGCAGAGAAUUUGCUGAUGGUUUAUAACGAGUAGAGCCAAGCCCAAAAUGCUUCUUUGUUUCCUCACAGCCCUCUGGAAAAGGAAGAUCUGGAUUCCUGAGUCCACUGCUCCGGUGAAUAACUUGGGGCUGAUAUUGAUCCCGUGGGCUCUUAACAGCCCUGGCAGCAAAAGAGUUUCAAGUGGACAUGAAUGUAAUUAUGCCUCAAAAUUGAAUUACAUCUGGCCUCUUAAUGCUGGCAGAAUUAGGAAAAACUGGGAAUAAACUCAUUCAGGGGAGGGUGGAGGAGGAGUGCCAGGCUGACAAUAAGCUAUUGUGUCCAGUCCAAAUGUCACGUGGAGUUUCCUGCUGUUCCUUCCAGGGAGGGAAUAUUGAGUAUUAGGAUCCUUGAUGGAAUAUUGAGAAUAUAGGGAAUAUUGAGUAUUGGGAUCCUUUUUGGAAGGUGCUGCAGAAAUGGAGGAUAUUCUCUUUGACAAAGAAUUUGUCAGAGUCCCAGUAUCCUGAAACGGUUGAAACUGGGCAGAAAAAUGUCUGAGAUUCCCAUCAGAGAGGAACUUGGGGGAUUUGAUUGUCCCUGAGUUUGUUAGGAAACAAACUGGGGGCAUUUUGGGCUUGGUGUGACGAUUCUGUGCAUUCCAGGUUAUUUGCUUGCUCUCCAGAAGAUCUGAGCUUUGCCCAUUCUAGUGACAGUAGGUUGCAGCAAUUUGGAUUUACUUUAUUUCUGGAGUAAUAUUCCAAAGGACUUGAUGCUCCAAACAGCUCCUGCUGCCAUUAAUUACCAACACAAAUUGCCCAGGAGGGAAACUGGUACCUGCUCAGGUGACACAUGUUAUUUCCAAGAGCUCGGAGCUGGGAUAACUUGCCCCAUAAAAACCAACAUUCCUGUUGUAAACGUAGGUUUGGGUGGGCAAAGGGGAGCUGAGUGAGAUCCCAGGGACUGGGGCUCACCUGCAGCUGGAUGGAGAGGGUUGAUCUGCCACCUUGGCACCUGCCCUUGGAGCUGGGAGUCAGUCAGGCUUUAAUUUUCAGGGAAAAAAAAAAAGAUAUGUCCUCUGUGUUUUAAUGGUGUUUGGGCUUCAGGUGUUUAAACCCAGCCUUGUUUAGGAGCAGAUCUCACUGGGCAGCUCUGAACUGCCCAGCUGGCAAAGGCAGCUGUGCCAGGGGCAGUUCAGAGGUGAAGGAGAGGAUUUUAUCCUCGCCAUAAACAGUGCAGAGAAGGGAGAAAUGGCUUUAACCUGGAUUGUGCAGAAGACCUUGACCCAGUAGUCUCUAUAUUCCGACCGGGGGCUUGCAGUGCAAAGCCAGGCCAAUGUAUCGUUUUAUUUACAAUAAAAUUAUCAUUUAUAUGAAA